GUCAUUCGCUUCUAGAAAAAUUAGUGUUAUUCCUUACAAAAAGGAUGAAAAUUUUCUUACAAUAUUUUGCUAAAAAUAUUACGUGAUAAAAAUUAAAAAUGAUAAUUACUGACUAAAACCAACUCGUCUUCAAAUGGAGUUUCGAAUAAGAAAACCUUUAACCUGGAUGCAUCAUUUUAUCAUAAGUGAAACAAGAAGACAGAAUGGAUACACCAUCUACAAAAUUACAUCAAUAGUCUUUCCUCUUUCCCUACCGGAGGGGCUUACCAGUGUCACCUCAUGGAAGCGAUUCAGCGACGUGAAAAAACUGUACAAGGAGCUGUCCCAAAAGCAUCGCGAGCGACACCUUUACGGACGGAUCCCCGCCCCGACGGAGAAAACCUAUUUCAAAAGAUUCGAUCCGAAAGUGAUUGAGGAACGCAAAAAGUACAUUCUCGAAUUACUGGAUUUCGCCGGACAGGACCCGGUCCUGUAUCUGUCGCAUGCUUUUGUGAAGUUCUUUGAGCAGGGUAUUUCACCGGAAGGUUCUCCCGUGAAAGGAGGCAACAUUGCGGCCAUUUGCGAAGAUUUGGCUAUCCCGCUGCCAACCGAGAUUGCACUGAUCGAUCCAACCCGGGAUGAGAAUGAGAAUAGUGGAGAACCAGCGGAAAAGCAUUUGGUGGAAAGUAUGAAUUCGGGGGAUGCGGUUCAAACUGAAAAUGAAUCUACGGAAGAACCGAUUCUGACACAGCCGAGUAGUAGUGCACCACCCGGAGUAGAGCCGGCGGUGGUUAAUACAAGCGAACAACAAAAGAUUACGAAUGAUCAGGAAUCUUCAAUGGAUUACAUCGUGGAAGCGGCCAUGGUUUUCAGCAGGGCCGCCCAGGCAGAGGCCAAUGGAAACUAUAGGAUUGCGUUUUCCGAAUAUAAAGCAGGAAUUGAUAAGCUGCUUUCCGGUGCGAAAAAUGAUGAGAACAUCACACGAAAGACUAUGGCAAAAGAGAAAACAUGCAAAUAUGUGGCUCGGGCUGAAGAAAUCUACGAAAAAUAUCUCCUGCAUCAGGAGGGGGAUGAGAUUCUGAGUCCGAUUUCAGUGGACAAUCCAAGUUCACCGAUUCAACUGCUGGAACGACCGCUAAAUUAUCUAUCGCGAUACAAAGUGGUCCGUGUGAUCGAAGGGCGAAUCAUGCAGGUACAGGAUGUCACGGAUAAAACAUUCUACAUAAUGAAAGGAAUCCGGAAGCCACCCGGUGGAUUCUCGCAAGCCUUCUUUCUGCCACACGACGUUCCGUAUAUGGUCCCACUGGCAGCAUACUUUCAGUCGGAAUCUAGUCUUUUCCUGCUGCUGAAAUUGAUCUGUGGUGGCAAGCUUUGGGAUUAUAUUUUAAGUUACAGGCAACCGGAAGGUCUCGUAGUGGAAACGGAAGAUGUCGAAACUGCGGUUGAGGAAACUAGUCCUGAACCGGAAAUCAAAACGAAUGAAUCUUCAAAUACUUCGGAGUCUAGCCAAACCACCGGUUACGAUUCUGGUUUCAUUGAUCUCGUAAAUGAUUAUAAUAGUAAAAGUAGCCUAGAUAGCCCAGCAGCAGAGACUGAACAAGUGCCCGAAAAAAUAGAGGAAGGUUUGGAAGCAGUCAGUAUUGAUGAGGUGGAUCGAGCAGAAGCGCCUCUAGGAGAACCAUCGUCUUCUUCUUCCGGUUACAUCACGUCGUUCGAUGUCCUCUCCAAGGACAUGGAUGUAACGGAUUUAGUUAGCUGCAGUCAGCAGCUACUGAAGGCGGUCUCUCACACACUGGAGCAAUCUCAGAAACAACCGCCGGAGAUUACGAGAGUGGCAGCGACAGAAAAGCCGGAGCAGAGUCAGAGUCUCACUGGGGCGAUAAGCCGCCCUCAGAUCGAUACUAGUCAAUUAGAAUUAAGAGAUGGUGCCGAAGCACACCCACUUCCGGAAGGGUGCAUCAAACGGUGGAUCAGCGAGCUUAUCAUUGCCGUUGACGCGCUGCAUUUCAAUGGAAUUAUUUGCGGAGAUUUAACGAUGGACAACCUGCUGCUCGGUGCGGAAGGUCAACUGAUGCUGACGUACUUCUACCGGAAGGAAAAGUUCCCGAAUGCGACCACGCUGACAACGCAGUUGCGACAGGAUGCGGUCCAGAAGCUUUACGUGGCACCCGAGCGACCGCUGCAAGCCAAGUCGGACUUUUGGUCAAUCGGAGUGAUACUUUUUGAGAUGCUCACAAGAAAAUCUUUUCAGUCCUGUCACCCGGCGGGACUGCUUUGCUACCACGAGAUUCAGUAUCCGGAAGGGGUGAACAUUUCCGACGAAGCGAAAGAACUGCUCGAUGGGCUUCUUCAGUCUUUGCCGGAACAUCGGUCCGACUUCAAAGAGAUUAUUGCGUGUUCAUUCUUCCAUACGAUUGAUUGGAGCGAUGUGAAAAGACUAGGCCACACUUAAGGAAAGCGGUUAUAAACAAGGAACAAAACAUUCACGUACUAGACUUGUUAGGAUUAAUUAAACCAACUAACCACAGUGAAUACUUACAGUAUAUUCGUGUUAGUGUAUUGUCGACAGAUUUUGAUUGUUUCGAAUAAAAUAACUAUUUAUACAAACUA